UAUUUUAGUUUUUUCGAGCAUAGACUAUAGAAGAAGAAAAAUCGACGUUAAAAGUUGAAACCCUUGAAUCUUCGGUUCCAAGACUGCCAUACCCAUAUACGCAUAUCGACUCUCCCCACUCUUCUGUAUUAUCCAAUCUCUGCUGCGUACGAAACUGUUUCGAAUCGCCUUUAAUCUGCACCUCUCCGGCUACUCCCUUCACUCCAAACCCUAAUUUCAAAUCCAGGGUCUUCCGGGGAAGGAGAACACGCGUGCAAGGGAAGACCAUGGCUGUAACAGCCCCAGGGCAGCUCAACGUUAACGAGUCCCCAUCGUGGGGAUCUAGAAGUGUCGACUGCUUUGAAAAAUUGGAGCAGAUUGGCGAAGGCACUUAUGGGCAAGUUUAUAUGGCCAGAGAGUUAAAAACAGGUGAAAUUGUUGCACUGAAGAAAAUACGAAUGGAUAAUGAGAGAGAGGGGUUUCCUAUUACUGCCAUACGAGAAAUCAAAAUUCUAAAGAAGCUCCAUCAUGAAAAUGUAAUCAAGUUGAAAGAGAUUGUGACAUCUCCAGGUCCCGAGAAGGAUGAACAAGGGAAGCCAGAUGGUAACAAGUACAAAGGUGGCAUCUACAUGGUUUUUGAGUACAUGGACCACGAUUUGACGGGUCUUGCUGAUCGUCCAGGGAUGAGAUUUUCAGUUCCCCAAAUUAAGUGCUACAUGAAGCAGCUUCUCACAGGGCUUCAUUAUUGUCAUGUAAAUCAAGUACUGCAUAGAGAUAUAAAAGGCUCAAAUCUGCUUAUUGACAAUGAAGGAAAUCUGAAGCUUGCAGAUUUUGGGCUUGCACGAUCAUUUUCUAAUGAUCAUAAUGCAAAUCUAACCAAUCGUGUAAUUACCUUAUGGUACAGACCUCCUGAAUUGCUGCUUGGGUCAACAAAAUAUGGUCCAGCAGUCGACAUGUGGUCCGUUGGUUGUAUAUUUGCAGAGCUUCUACAUGGGAAGCCAAUAUUCCCCGGCAAGGAUGAGCCGGAGCAGUUAAAUAAGAUCUUUGAGCUAUGCGGUGCUCCGGAUGAAGUUAAUUGGCCUGGGGUUUCUAAAAUCCCUUGGUACAACAAUUUCAAGCCCACAAGGCCGAUGAAGAGACGUAUAAGAGAAGUUUUCAGGCAUUUUGAUCGUCAUGCUUUAGAACUGUUGGAGAAGAUGCUAACGCUCGAUCCUUCUCAGAGGAUAUCUGCCAAGGAUGCGCUAGAUGCGGAGUAUUUUUGGACGGAUCCAUUACCUUGUGAUCCUAAAAGUUUACCCAAGUAUGAAUCAUCACAUGAGUUCCAGACAAAGAAGAAGCGCCAACAGCAACGGCAACAUGAAGAAACUGCAAAGCGACAGAAGUUGCAACACCCACAGCAUGCACGCCUUCCACCAAUUCAGCAGUCGGGGCAAGCACACGGGCAGAUGCGACCGGUACCUAACCAGCCUAUUCAUGGAUCUCAACCGCCAGUUGCUGCGGGGCCUAGCCAUCAUUUUGGGAAGCCUCAUGCCGGUAGUUCUGGUACUGGCCGUGGCUCCAAUGUGAUGGGUGGAAACCGAAACCAGCAAUACGGGUGGCAACAGUAACGACAUGAUAGUAGUAAUCUGCAUUCGACUCUUGAGAAGUACGCAGUUGAUCAAACAUGCACUGGUUCUUUUUGGCUUGUACCCACGUACUAUAAUUUUCCUGCCAGAAAUGAUUGGUCAGUUUCAAUUUGCAUACAAUUGGUUAGAGAAAAGCCUCGAAGGUGCUUUUAAGCUCGAGCUGCUGGUGAAAAAAAUUUCUUGUAUGCGCGCAUGGAUUGGCAUUUUCUUGUAAUCUAUCUUUCCUUGCGAUGUUCUAUGAACAGUUUGAGUCCUGUGCUGCCUAGCAAUUGUGAUCAGGUAGUAAUAGCAAAUUGUCUGCAAAAAUAUUCUUUGUUCCUGGAAAGAUUGAACCCUCCGGGAAAUGAGAAACCAGUUAGUAUGGAGAAAGGCGAAAAAUGUGCAAUACCUAUUAGCAACCGUUCUCCUUUUUUAUUUAUAGUUUCAGUAGUUGUCAUGUUUAUUAAACACUCAGAAUGUAAGUGAAUACUGCUAUAUACGCAUGAAAUAUGAAUCUUGGUUCAUGCAA